AUGGUCUUUUUCAUGGGAAUUGGUGGUGUAUUCUUGGUUCUCUAUUUUUGCUAUGGUCUCUUGAGAUGGAAUGAAAUAAGGUAUAUGAAGAAAGGUUUGCCACCAGGCACAAUGGGAUGGCCAGUUUUUGGAGAGACAAGUAAGUUUCUUGGACAAGGUCCAGAUUUCAUGAAAAAACAAGCAGCAAGGUAUGGAAGUUUUUUCAAAUCACACAUAUUUGGUUGUCCUACGGUUAUUUGUAUGGAUGCUGAGCUUAAUAGAUACAUAUUGAUGAAUGAAUCAAAAGGUCUUGUUGCUGGAUAUCCUCAAUCUAUGUUGGAUAUCUUAGGAAAUUCUAAUAUUGCUGCUGUUCAUGGCCCUGCUCAUAAGUUCUUGAGAGGUGCACUUUUAUCACUUGUUAGCCCACAAAUGUUGAGAGAUAUUGUUUUGCCAAGAAUUGAUAGGUUUAUGAGUUCUCAAUUAAGUGAUUGGGAUGGCAAAAUCAUCAACCUUCAAGUCCAUACUAAAGAGGUGAUAUUUCUUUCAAUUAUGGAUCAAAUUGCAAGUAUAGACCCAAAAUCAAAAAGGGCUGAUUAUUUCAAGACACAUUUUUUUAAGCUUGUUUUAGGAACACUUUCACUACCUAUUAAUCUUCCUGGAACAAAUUACCGCAAUGGAGUUCAGGCAAGGAAGGAUUUACUUAGCAUGUUGAGAAAAAUACUAGAGGAAAGAAAAGCAUCGAAUGAAAGUUACAAAGACAUGCUUAGUUGUUUAAUGAAAACAGAUGAAAAUAAGUACAAACUAAAUGAGGAUGAAAUCCUUGACCUAGAACUUACACUUAUGUAUUCUGGUUAUGAAACUGUUUCAACCACAUCUAUGAUGGUUCUCAAGUUUCUCCAUGACAAUCCCAAAGCUCUUGAAGAAAUUAGAAAAGAGCAUUUGGCCAUAAGAGAGAAGAAAAAGCCAAAUGAACCAAUUAAUUUUGAUGAACUCAAAUCAAUGAAGUUUACACGUGCGGUGAUUAUGGAGACAUCUAGAUUGGCCACGGUAGUUAAUGGAGUUCUAAGGAAAACCACUCAUGAUGUGGAACUAAAUGGCUAUUUAAUUCCUAAAGGAUGGAGAAUAUAUGUGUUUACAAGGGAGAUAAAUUAUGACAAUUCUCUAUAUCCUGAUCCAUUAACAUUCAAUCCAUGGAGAUGGAUGGAGAAGAAUUUGGAGUCACACAAUUACUUCUUGCUAUUUGGAGGUGGCACUAGACUCUGUCCAGCAAAAGAGUUGGGAAUCACUGAAAUUUCAACUUUUUUGCACUACAUUCUAACUAGAUACAGGUGGGAAGAAGUGGGAGAAACUAAACUAGAGAAAUUUCCCAGAGUUCAAGCACCAAAUGGAAUGCACAUGAGAUUUUCAUCUUACUAGCUGGACUGAGAUACGAUGAACUCAGAUUAAUAAAGUAUCAUAGAGUGUACGAAAAAAUGUUUUUUCUACGCUUCUACUUUUACAACUACAUUUUCAUUUAUUAUUAUGUUCGGAUUAUGUCCUUAUGAAUUGAAAUAAUAUCUUGUUAAUGUCCCUAGAAAAUUGA